AUGUCUGCAAACCCGCCCAGCGAAGCCGCUGCAUUCCUUCGCAAUAACGACCCCCCGCCGCAGGGUGGGGCACAUGCUCGACUCAUAUCCGAGUUUAUCGACGGCGUUGCCCGCGAGCGCACGCUAGUCCUCGAACAGAUUGCGGGUGUAAAAGCGGCCUUGGAGCAGGAACUGGAGGCAGCGACACGGCGAGCGGAUGCCAAAAUCAUGAAGCUGGAGACGCAAAAACAGCAGCUGACGCAGAUUAUUCAGCAGCACAAGGGCAUAAUCUCCGUUGUUCGACGCCUGCCGCCCUCCGUUAUCGCGAAUAUCAUCUCGCACUUGCUCUCCAUGACAACUAAGAGGGAGACGCCUGCCGGCCAGCUCAAGCCUGAGAUAGAACAGGAUUCAAGUUCUUCCAGUCUAUCCGCUCAUGCUGGAGAGCCGACCCCAUCCACCUCAUGGACUCUGGCUGUGCUAACCCGCGUCUCGCGCUUGUGGCAGCAGACGACGAUCGAAAACGCCCAGUUCUGGUCGACAAUCUCGUUGUCGCAAGGGUACCGCGAUGCCCCACCUCUGGCUCUGAGACAUCCUCUUUCCCGACUGACCACACACAUCGCUCGCUCCAAACAGGAACCACUAGAGCUAUUCAUCGACUUCGUGCACGAAGAUGGGCUCGUCGACUCGGAGUCAGUGCAUUGGAAGGCCUUGAUGGAUGUGGUGGUGCCCACGAGCGGCAGAUGGCGCCGUCUUGCGCUGUCUUGGAAUGGUCCUACCAGAGGAUAUCUCGAUGACCAGUCACGACGAACUUCUUUGGACCCCUUCAAUGUGCUGGAAACCUCCCCGACACGACUGGAUGCUCUCGAAAUUUCAUCGGCGGGAUCUCGAGGUUUCCAAUUCCAGGACCGUACCUUGAAUCAAUUUUCCCGCACAGUGCGGAAGCUCUGCUUACACACCUCCAUACCGCUACUUCCUGUUGCCUGGUUCCAGCUCACCGACCUCCACUGUUCCUACUCGCUCGAUAUCCUCCGACAAAUCCUGUGCUUAGUCGUCAACAUUCACCGGUGCUCAUUUGUCGUCGUGUCGGACCCGGAGCCCCAACCUUCUUCAUCUAAAAAGAGAAAGUCCUCCGCCUUCGACCCCGAGCCUGAGCACGUUCGAUUCGGUACAAUCGUCGCAUCCCUGCUUGAAAUAAAGCAGCUCUAUAUCGAGUCGCCAAUUCCAGUCGAUCCUCUGCUCUCCGGUGUCUCUAUGCCCAACCUCGAAUAUCUUGUCCUCGAUGUGCCAUUCAAGUCUGAGAAUACCCUCGAGCCGAGUACUCGUAACCUGUCAAUGCUCUGGCGCUCGAUAUGCACAUCCCUUCAUGGUUUGCGGCUGACGGUCGAAGAAGCCAUGCUCACCAACGUCUUGUCCAUUGUCCGCACACAACCACACUUGGCGCAUCUCGACGUCACGACCCGGCCUGAUAUUCGGUUCGACAGACCCGCGCAACGACGCACUUUCAUCCGCGGCCUGCAGCUCUCCACGCCGCCGAAGCCUGACGAUGCCUGUCCGCGCCUGGAAACCCUCGCGCUCGCCCUUCCGAGUCACGACCCCGCAGCGGAGAAGGACAUCGUCGCGAUGUUGAAGAGCAGGACAUCGGGCGCGCUUGCGUCGCAUUCGCAGAUCGCAUCACCGCUGCGGGCAGCGAACAUCGGGGACUUGUCUCAGGGUCCGUCCAAAUUCCUGUUGGUUAUCAAACGGAAAGGCAUCGCGCUGUCGUAUACGAUCCGUGACCACUCCUCGACGCCGCAGAAAGACCCUGUUGUAUCUGGACAGUGGUCCGUGAUUCCGGAAAUGGUUGGGCCUUGGUGUGCAAUGCAGCAACUGGCAGGGGAGCAGGUCUAG